CGGAAAGGAAACCUUCGAGAUCCGGUGCUCGCCCCAGAUGGCGUGCUCCAACUGCGACCAGUCAACUCUUUCGUGAAGACGAUAUUUGGUGCAAAAGGCGGCGUGAUUUCGGGUUCUUUGACGCCGGAUGGCGAUAGACGUUGCCGUCCGACGACUCCCCACUCUCAUCUUGAAUGUGAUGUUUCGAAGAGAAUCCCUAAAAGUGGAAUUUUCCCGACAUUUCUCUGGAAGAGGGCAUGACAGCAUCUGCGAACAUGGUAGCCUACAAAGUUGUGUUCUUUGCACUAGGUUGUUUCAUGCUGGCAACCCUCAUCUACACCACUGUGACUGAUGGGUCACCUUUCCGAAUCGAGCUCUUGACACCGUGGAUGGUUGCGACGUUGAUUGAUUUUUAUGUUAAUGUUGUGGCUAUAGUGGCUUGGGUUGCAUACAAAGAACCAACCUGGAUGAAAGCUUUUUUCUGGGUGAUUCUGUUAGUAUGUUUUGGCAGCUUAGCAACAUGUGCUUAUAUCACUCUGAAACUGUUCAAUAUUACAUCUCAACAUCUACAAGAUCCUGUAAGCCAACUCUUGUUGAGGAAGGAUCAUGAACAUAAUGUCAAGUGCUCUUCUAUUAUGAUUGGGAGAGUUCUCUUCAGCACUUUGGGUAUAGUUGUUUUAGUAGUAGUUGUUUAUACCGUAAUUACGGAUGGACUUCCUUUCAGGACGGAGUUGUUGACACCGUGGAUGGCUGCAACCUUAAUUGACUUCUAUAUCAAUGUCUUUGCUAUAUCGGUAUGGGUUGUUCACAAGGAGUCAACUUGGAUCAGUGCAUUCUUCUGGAUCUGUUUGUUGAUAUGCUUUGGCAGUAUCACAACGUGUGCUUACAUUGUCAUUCAACUUCUCCGGCUCUCAUUGGAAGAUCCAAUGUACCAUGUUUUGUUGGACUCCCGCAGCAAGCAUGGAAGUACAUCCGCCAAGAAGGAUUAGUUGGCUUACGUGUAUGGAGUGACCGGCUGCGGUUUGCCUCGUUUGUGUGUGUGUAUGGAGUGACCGAUUAAAGUAUUUAACUACAAAAUCUGAGUCUUCGGAAUUUUCUGUUGCCAAUCAACUGAUUUGUGACUGUUGAAAAAAUGUUCAUUAUUACGGCAUCUGGAUUUGUGACUGUUAAAAAAAUGUUCAUUCUUUUCUUUUAUAAACCUGCAUCUGGACAUGUUUGAUCAUUAUUUCAUUCGUCGAACAUGUAGUCUGUUUAGAUGAAGAAGAGCUAUCUCAACUUGCCCUUUAUACUCAAUUACCUUCUCUGGAUGCUGCAAAACUGUUGCAGCCAAUGGAUCUAUCUUGAUACCCUCCUGCACAGCCUUUGAUGAAGCAUCAAAGUGGAUUCCAAGUGAAGACAUACUUAGCUUUUAUGUUUCAUUUUAUCAACAGUGGACUGUGACUGAUUGGAAUUAAAAUCUUUAAAGUGAAACCAAAUGAAGAGAUGUCAUUUGCUUCCUC